GGAGAUGACGCGCUGAAAUUUAAAACAGCUUUUUUUAGAUUUAAAUUAUCGGUAAAGAAAUUCGAAAUAUGCUCGGAGGACCUUGAAACUAUGUCAAUAAAUAAUCAAAAUGUUUAGAAAUUGAAUUGUUGGUAUAUAUGGGGGUUCAGUGGACCAAAAACUACGUGAUUGAAUUUCGAAAUUUUUCGUAAUAGGUUAUCGUCUGUAUUUUUUUCGUAAUGGUUGGCGCGGUCGCGGGACAUGGAUACGACAACGCCCAUUACAAAUUCGAAUACGGCGUCCACGAUCCUCAUACCCACGACCACAAAUCCCAACACGAACAUAGAGAUGGACACCACGUCACCGGAGGUUACACUCUGAAAGAAGCUGACGGCACCCACAGAAUCGUCAAAUACAAAUCGGGACCUCAUAGUGGUUUUGAGGCUGUUGUAGAACGCGUAGGACACGCUCAACAUCCUGCACAUUAUGGUAAACAUGGACACGGAGGACAUGGAGGACACGGUGGAGCUACUAGCUACGUUGGUGUUACCCAUUGGGCUAACCAAGGCAGCGAUGGUGGACACGGACACGGAUAUUGAUUUAUAAAUCUUAUUUUUCAUUGUUAUUUUCCAAAUUAAUAAAUUCUGUUUUACAAAAAACUGUCUUUUUCACGAGAUUCCUUGUGAAUUUUGUUUGUCCAUGUCAUUUUUGUCUUGAUUCUUGGUACAAUUUGUGGUAGAAGUCUCCGAGUGAACCAUGGUGCGUGUCUAAUCAUAAAAA